UAUACCGGCUAGCAACUGCCUUCGUCCGUUCAGCAAGCCCGGAGAAGGUAGCAGCUCCUUCCUUGUUUCCAAAAAGGUCUGAAGGUCCAGGUUUGGAAAGAGAACUACUGCUUUCAGGACACGAUUACAAGUUGCCUGAAUGUUGAGAGCUCUAACUUUUUCGUGUAUGUUCUGCCAGCAGUAGGAGAGUGGAGGAGAAGCCUGAAAGCUGGAAAUGGCCGCAGCUGGGAAUGACCGCUCUUUCCAUGUUUGUUCCCCCUACGCACAGCAGAAGUACAGCAACAUCUCCUGUUUCUGGAAAACACAACCAUCAGGCUGCUUGAGGAUCAGUUGCGCCUUCCAUCAUAGCAAACCUCGCAGCAUAAAUGGACUUUUUUUGCCGCCGAGUAACAGUGAAUGCCCAUUGCAACAAGGUGUCCAAGAAGGGAUUCCGCACCCAGCCCAUGGUCAAGAGUCACUCAGAAAUCAAAAGAAUAUUUUACGACCAAUUCACCCUCCACUGACUAUACACCUCAACGAUGAAGACGACGAUGAGGACGAUGAUGAAGAGGAGGAGAACGGUGCUCCUGACUGGGUGCCUCAGACUGCUGCAGACCUUGAAGAGGAAAGAGCAAUAAAGGAAAUAUGCUAUCAAUCUGGAGAGUAUUACGGGAUUCAGUACCCUCAGGAACACCAAUCAACAAAAACUGUGUCUUCACCUCGGGAAAACGAGCUACUACCCUGGGAAGCUACCGAGCGAGACUUGCAGGCAGGCGACGGUGAUACAAUUCCUACAACAUUUAAGAAUGCAAAAGGAGAAGGAGAGAGCUCAGGAACGACAGUACCAGCAGAGACCAUUCCCAGAACAGAUCGUGGAUCCUUUGAAAACGGAGGAACCAAUCGCAUGGAGCGGGUAAAGAACUAUCCGGAAUUCACACUCCAGACCCCAAAGCAAAACCACGUCGCCAACAAAGGGGUCAAA